UUGAGCGGUUUAGAUUUGUGCCCAGCCACGGGCCAUGCCAGACAAUAUCGAUCGGCCAAGCUGGCAAACUUGUACACUAAGAAAGCGUGGCAAAGCGUCGCAUUAGGUACAAGACGGAAGCGAUUUCUUGAGUAGGGAGUUCUCUCGGAUACAUGGCAUCCUCUCGCUCAGCAAACUACACGAUACCAGGGGCAAUCGUCAACAGACAAUUACCUGCCGUCGCCCACGUGUAAGGAAACCCAAUCCGUUAGCAGACACAGCCAAUGGCGAAUCAGAUCCAGCGCUACCUUCACCUUGCUGUCUUCAUCUUCAGCUGUCUGGGAUCCAGGCUGGAAGAUGAGACCAACUCGUGUAAAGUCUCGCCGUUCUUGGAUAAGAGGUCACACGCCUCAUUCUUGGGCACAGAUACCAAGCACAUUGUGAAUGGACUGUGUGUAGAAGAAGACGACACGGACCUCAACUCUAAACCUCCGUGUGUGAGCUAUGCCCCAGACACAGCUACGCCCCCUGUCGGCGACAAUAUUAUUAUGACAUCACAGAAACCCAGCUCCGCAGCAAAGGGGGAAAACAAAAGCAAAGUGGCGGACGUGAAUGGGAGGAAAGGACAUGUCAAAAAACAAUUAGGCGCAACUAAAAAGUUGAAAGGUUCGAAAAGACAAAGAAAAAAGAACAAAAAGAAAAAAAUGGGCAAGAAGAAAAAGAAAAGCUGAGUCUUAUAAUUUCAAUUCCAUCUCGUACCCAGAUAUUUAAGAAAUAUUUCUCGCUUCAUGGUAGCUAGUUUAGACAUUGUCAUUCUCUGACCUACUUUUCAGCAGCGUACUGAAAGCGAUGACGCGAUUGGUUACAAACGGGAAUGACGCUGAAAUGGGACUUCUGGCUUACAUGAUCCUCAGAUGAUGACGUCAUAUAAUGCUGAUACAAAUGCUAUUGCAUGUCGAAAAUGAAUGCCCGAAUUACUCAUAAAAAAGAUAUUCUGCUUGGGGCUUAUGAUUUGUGUCUAAAUUGGAUUUUGCCUUUAUUUAUCGCUGUAAUUCUUGCCUAGGUUUUACUGCUUCAGUCUUCAUUUUUCAUUAUGGUUUAUUUCGCGGAAUACGUUUUUAAUUGAGAUAGUUUUAAAUUAUUUUGAUUGUGAGUGUUGAGUGUUAAAUUGUGAGUGCUCCAGGUUAAACUGUGAUAAAUGAGUGUUAAAGUGUGAGUUAAUGGUUAAGUUGUGGUAGAUCAGAGUAAAAAUGUGAUGGUUUAUUGUUAAAUCAUUGUGAUAAUCGAGUGUUAAAUUAUAAUAUUUAAACGUUUAUAUGUGAUAAAUCCAUGUUGUGAUAUUAGAUAUGUGUUAAAUUGCGUUAGUUUAGUGUUGAAUUGUUGGAGUUUAUCGUUAAAUUAUG